ACCCUAAUUCGGGAUCCAGCCGCCUUCCGUGUUCUGAGUCCUUUAGUUCUGACUGGAACGCCGAACGGCACUGUCCACUGUGCGCGGUUCUGUGCUCGUCGCCGGUGCCUUUGAUCCUUGUUCGGGAUACCGCUCGGAGAUACUUCCCUCGCAAGUGCUCGUAUCGCUGGACAGUCUUAAGAUGAUGCACACCAUGAGUGAACACGCCGGAGGAGCUGCCGGGCUGGGUGUCAGCGUGCUGCCCUUCGACGGCAUGGGCCUGUACGAGCAGAGGCGACCCAGGCUGAUCUUCAAGGUGCCCCGGGUCGUACUGGAUCAGAAGGGGAAGUUUGAGACGGACGAGUUGUUCAGGAGACUUAGCAGAGAGAGCGAGGUCAGAUACACCGGAUUCCGGGACAGGCCAGUCGAAGAACGUCGCGUGCGCUUCCAAAAUGGCUGCCGAGAGGGCCACACGGAGAUCGCGUUCGCGGCGACCGGAACGAACCUCCAGCUCGUUUUUGGCAGUGCAUCCGGAAAUUACGCAGUCGAGAUCAGCGACUGUGAUUUUGAGAAGGAUUGCGGCAAGGUCCACCUGAGAUCACAGUUGAUAAUGAACGGUGUGUGCGUGAUAUGGCGGGGCUGGCUCGACCUGGAGAGGCUGGACGGUGUCGGUUGCCUGGAGUUCGAUGAGAAACGCGCUGCCGAAGAAGACGCGAUCCUCCGUGACCAAGUGGAACGUUACAGCCAGCGUCAGCGCGACCUCGACGAGAAACAGAGAGCGUACAGGAGCAGUGCGCCCCACCUAAAUUACCAUCACCAUCACCACCACGGUCAUCACGUGAGCGGUGCCGGCACCGGCGCCGGAAGCGGGAUCGAGCCACAUUUGACGCACCGACAGGACCCCGAGAUGGAAGUGCGGCUGAGAGCCUACUGAGGCACCGAGAAAUCAUCCAGCAAGACCUCGUGAGUCUCUAGGGAUCAAAAACACUUGCUAUUCGAAGCUCGUAGAGCUGACGGCAAUAUUUCGGGCGCGUCGUCUCAUAGGGAACACCGUGGCAAGGAUGGGGAAGAAUCAUCGGAUGCCGAUGAAAGAUUUCGAUCGUUCGGUAUGUGAUCCUAACUGAUUUUCAGGUCUUAGACGAUCGAAUUUCGGAAGAUUAAAGCUUUAAAAUGGAUUCUGAGUAGAUUCGAAGAUCCUACGAGGUUUCUUCGGUUACUUUCUUCGAGCACUUUCUCCGUUUCUUGCCAAGGUGUUGGAAAAUAGGUGUAUCGUUAGGUGUAAGGUGUAAGCCAGUUCCGUUGUAAAGUAAAAUUUCUGUUCAGUCAGUGACGAUUAACAUGUGACGCUUAAUACAAAUCACUCGAAUCACUUUCUAUAAUCGUUAAUCGGGGUAAUGUGUUGAUACUGUACGUUUCGAGUUGAUUUACCGGCGUUGAUAUGAUUACACGCGUAACUUACGUAUAAACGGUAUAUUCGAAAUAACGUUGAUCGCGGCGCGUAAUUAAUGAUUGCAGAAAGUAAUCGCGGUCGAAUUAACAGUUGCAUAUUAAUUGUUGUCAAUCGGAUCGCCAGCUCCGACGAAAAUUUUACUUUCCCUCGCGAGGCGACUGUGAAACGUCGGAUUCAAGAUGGCGGACCGCCCGUUCGCGGGUCAUCAUCGCAGCGAAUUCCCGUCUUUCCAAAAGAGAUACGGUAGUCACAGCUGGGAGAUCGCUUGAUAUCUAUCAACAGUGAAUCGAUGUUCGAAGAUAGAAAUUGGAAAGUAAAAUCGAUACAUUUAACUAACGAAUGAGAAUUCUUCGAGUGACCGUCGAGUAGUCAUCGAGUGAUCUCCUAAGGUAUGCCACGGACAAGCUGGUUUCCGGUUUACAUAUCAAACCAUUACGAUCGGUGCGGAAGAACAAAAUGGCGUCGAUGAGUCCAGAUAUUCAGAAUCUUUUAAUAUUCUCGCGUGAGUAACGCUAAUUAUUUUACUAACUCUCAUUCGAAUCGAACGAACUUUAUCUUAGCGAUUUCAUUGAAAGUCCAACUUCUGUCCGUACCGUUCGUAUCUUUCGUUGAAUCGAGGAUAUACAGGGUGUAACGGGCGACUGGGGUUAACAUUUUACGUAUGUUUUGGAAUAAUGAUGUUCCGUGUUUUAACCACUUGCGGUGCAAAAAAAUUCACGCGUGCCAGAACAGUCAACUGUAACAAAACGCAUCAACUGCCGAUGAAAUUACGCACGUAUAAAUACUAAAUUCUUUUAUUAACACAUUGAACGCAGCACGAUUUCGCAGAGGAAAACACACAGAAUGGAAAAAUCAUUUGAUCGAAUUGCAUUACUAUUCCACGUUCAUCUAGCUGAACGUCAUUGCAUUAUGCAGCAUCACUUACAAUGUAGAAAUGCUUUCAUAUAAUUGUCGUUUCAUUGAGUGAACUAUAGCACAACAUGGCAUUCAACGUGUUAAUAAUCUUGCAUAUUAUAUUUUUCAAAUCAAUUCGGAAAAUUGACAUUUCUGUGACAGUUGUCUGUCGACGUGUACAACACGCCGACGUUCCUGUAGCAGAAGCACCUCGACGUGGCGCGUCUUUCCACCGGAAGUGGUUAAAUUUCAUGCGAAAUUCUUCUUUAUCCGUUCGAUUUCGUUCGUGCGGCAGCACCCUGUGCAAUAUAAUUGCUGGUGGCGAGGAAACGAUGGUCAGGUCGUUAAAUUGAUUGCCAGCGUACCCGAUACGGCGAACAACGGGGACGCUCGUGAUCAGUUUUCGACGGACCACCCUGUAUAUAGAAAAGAUAAGCUGGCAGUAUUCAUCCGUGUAUCAACACUGCGAGUAUCAUUGUAUGUAUUCCAUCCUCAGAGAACAAUGCGCACGGGAUUACAUAGGAUUAGCGGAUCCUCUUAAUCCACCGGUUAAUUUUUCGGGAAAGCAUUCUCUCUUACGAAACAAUCGAGCAGGCAAAAAACUUAACGGAAAUGCAAAUACCAAGGAGAACGAUGCUUCGAGUCGACGUGGAGAUAAUUACUUUGCGAGUUUUCCUUUGAAAUCAUAAAUUUUUCGAAAAUCCUUCCCUUUAAAAUUAAUCACGCAGGCAAACAAACUUAACGAAAAUUUGAAUAGUCGACGCGAAGAUAAUUACUUUACGGUUUUUCUGCUGAAACCAUAAAUUUUUUGAGAAACCGUUUCCUCUUUAAAAUAAUCACGCAGGCAAAUAAAUUUAACGAAAAUAUGAAUACCGUGGAGGAUGCUUCAAGUCGACGUGAAAAUAAUUAAUUUAAUUAAAUUUUUCGAAUUUUCAACCGUGGAAUGCAAUUACAUGGCAUUUCGAGCUCUACAAAGGUUUAGGUACAAUAUAUUGUAUAAUAUACAUAUCCAUUUUCUAAUUUCAUUGCAUUUUGGAGAAUGAAAUAUUUGAAAAUCGGGAAGCUUCUUUGUUGCAAAUAGACGCGAGCUGCAUUCUGAAGGCGACGAAUCAGAUUUUACGGUUACAAGAACGCGAGUGAAUAACAACGACGCGAGAUCCACGUUUUUAUUGAAUUGUACAUAUGUGUAAAGACAAUUUAGGUUAAUUUAUUGCAGUGUCGACCGCUUUCUUUCUCGGAUCGCGGGACUGAUGUGAAUCACCGACCGGGGAAUGCCUGGCGAGUGAUGAGUCCGAGCGCGGGGAAACCCGCGUCCGAUCGUUGACGCUUCGAUUGUAAAAAGCUGUUUAUCGAUU